UGUACCUAACCAUUAAAUUUUAGAUAACCGGGAUCACAAAACUAUAUCGUUUCGAAUUUAAGAAAAACGAGAUAUGCGGAAAUUUGUGAUAAGUUGGUACAAAUUUCACGGCUAUAAUUAGGAACAACUUAAGAAAUGAUAACAAAGAUGAUAAGCCUCUCUUAGAUAUACUCCAACAAUUAUUGGUGAUUCGUUUCAUGAAGUUGUACAGAAAAAUCUUCUAAAUAAAAUACUCAGAAAAUGAAUAAUUUUACAUUUUUUUUGGUUGUAUUUUGUUGGGUUAGUGGUGGAAGUAGCUGGCGAUUUUUCCACAAUGGAAGAAUUAAGGGUGGAAACUUGGGAUCUCCCCAGCACCGCAGUUUGAUCAAGGAGAGCCGAAACUUCACCAGAUGGUUUACCCAAAAUUUAGAUCACUUUGAUCCAACCAAUAGAAAAACCUGGGAACAGAGAUACUAUGUGAAUGAUGAGUUUUUUGAUAGAUCAAAAAAUACAGUAUUUUUGAUGAUUGGAGGUGAAGGUGAAGCAACUGAUAAGUGGAUGACAAAUGGAACUUGGAUCGAUUAUGCUCGAGAUUUUGGCGCCUUAUGCUUCCAAUUGGAACACCGUUUUUAUGGAAAAAGUCAUCCUACAGAAGAUCUGAGCACAGAAAAUUUACGUUAUCUCACAAGCGAGCAAGCUUUGGCGGACUUGGCAACAUUUAUUUACGCCAUGCACGAAGAAUUUGAUCUUCAGCCUGAUGUCAACUGGAUUGCAUUCGGAGGUUCUUAUCCCGGUUCCCUCGCGGCAUGGCUUAGACUGAAAUAUCCACACUUAGUCCGCGGUUCUGUUAGUACUAGUGGGCCGCUUCUGGCACUCACGGAUUUUGACGAAUACUACAAAGUAGUUGGUGAAGAUCUGCGAACAAUAAGCGAAGACUGUUAUUCUGCGGUCAAAAGGGGCACCGCACAAGUCGAUUCUCUCCUGCAACAUAUGACCGGUCAAAGAACCCUCACGGAAAUGUUUAAACUAUGCGACCCGAUUGAGGAUAGCAUCGAAAAUGGCAACGACAUAUCCAAUUUUUACGACAAUCUUGCUGGAAAUUUUGCCGGCAUCGCGCAGUACAACAAAGAUAACCGGAUCGGACAGAGUCCCGAGAAAUUAAAUGUCACACUCGACACAUUGUGCGGUAUUAUGGGAAACGAACAGAGCAAUAUGUUGGAGAUUACGCGACUCGCACAAGUAAACGCUUUAAUUUUAAACAUGACCAAUCAAACGUGCACCGAUUACGUUUACUCGAAAAUGAUUGACGAAAUGCGCAACAUCAGUUGGGAUAGCGAGUCCGCUGAAGGCGGCAGACAGUGGUUCUACCAGACGUGUAACGAGUUUGGCUUUUACCAAACCUCCUCCAACAAGCCACAAAUAUUUGGCGACAAGUUCCCCGUUGAGUUUUAUAUUCGACAGUGUGCUGAAGUUUUCGGACCGAAUUACAACGCUUCCUAUCUGGAGGAGGGAACAAAACGCACCAACACGAUUUACGGAGCGUUGGAUAUUGAAGUGUCGAAUGUCGUUUUUGUGCACGGAUCUGUCGAUCCCUGGCACGCUCUGGGCAUAACCAAGUCUUAUAACGAAAAUGCCCCCGCCAUUUUUAUUAAAGGUACUGCCCAUUGUGCCAAUAUGUAUCCAAAGUCGGAAAACGAUUUACCGCAGCUUCAAGCUGCGAGGGAGCAGAUACGACAGUUAAUUAGUACCUGGUUAAAAUAUUAAGUAUCCGAUUAACAUUAUAGUGUCGUUGAAUGAUAAUAAAAACAUACUUCU